CCCCUGCACCAACCACGCCUCGACAGCUGGCCCAAAACGGUAAGAGCGCCACAUCUGGCUGACAUUGACGUCGAUCUCGUGGGCACGUCUUGUCAGUAUACUCGCCCGCUGCCAACAACGUCACCUUUCACGAGUAUAUAUCUGGCACAAGCGUCGCACGACCCCGAAAGCAUCCCUCAGCGUGCGUGAAGCCCCCAAGGAGGAUAUCAGCAGUACAAUACAAUGGCGGCAACACAACAACCACAGCCCGCCGCCCCACCACCCGGCGCUAAGCCCGGGCUCACAGUCAUCAACGCGGGGCCGUUCAAGACCGGCACGGCCUCAAUGGCCGAGGCAUACCGGAUCCUCGGCCUGCGGCCCCAUCACGGGCUCGAGCUGAUGGACCUCCCGGAGCACUGGGCCGUCCUCGAGCGUGCCGCGGAACGCACAUGGCCAGAUGCCCCCGGUGUCCGGCCACAGACGACGACGACGAGUUCCCCUCCUUCUUCUUCUUCGUCCUCUGCACCAGACUCAUCACCACAAGAGCAGCGGCAACUCCUCACCCGCGCAGAGUGGGACACCAUCUUUGCCGACUUUGACGCCGUGACCGACGUCGCGGCGCUCUUCGCCGACCAGCUGAGCCAGGCAUACCCGGAGGCCAAGGUCGUCAUUGUCAGGCGCGACACGGAGAAGUGGUACGCCUCGUUCGACUCGCAGAUCAUCCAGGUCAUCUGGUCGCCAUUCGGAACAUUCAUGCAGCACGGCCCCGCGCGGCUGGCGGGCAACCGCGGGAUCGACGCCAUGAAGAAGAUGUGCUACGGCCACUGGCGCGCGCGGACCGCGGAGGAGCUGCGCAGCAACGCCCGCGAAGGGUACGAGCGGUACUACGACCGCAUCAGGGAGGUCGUCCCGCCGGAGCGCAGGCUCGAGUACCAGCUGGGCAGCGGGUGGGCGCCGCUCUGCGAGUUCCUGGGCAGGGAGGUGCCGGAUGUCGAGUUCCCGAGGCUCAAUGGCAAGGACGCGCACUCGGCGAAGCAGCUGGAGCACACGUACGACAUGUUGGGCAAGGCGGGGAGGAUUCUUGCGCCGUGGGUCGGGGCCGCGGCGGUGCUUGUUGUUGGGGUGCUAGUGGCGAAGAGGAACAACAUGUUGUGAUUCAUGGCUGUCUGUAGUUUAGUCAUAGACAUGAGAUGAGAAACCAUAAGACCAGAGGACAACACUUUGCAUUUGUAGAUAAAGUUAUGGAGCAUGUAGUCAGCCAACUCACGCCAUCGCCGCUGGAACAGCAGAAAGUCACCUUUUCUGAAAUGUGACGAUCCAGCAAAAGAGCGAGGAGUUUCGCAACGUCACCGAGAUGGCGAGGCCGUGGGCUUGCGAAGGUGGACGCCUUGAGGCGGAUAUCAAACCAAGAUGACGUCGGGUGACGAGAACCGAGAGAACACACAAUUACCACGCAAAUCCGAAGGCAAGUCGUCCGGGCGAGCCAUCUUUACAGGAGCGAAUGCCACUGGAUUCAGACUGAUGUCCUGUAUCCGCUUAUCUCUGGUCUAGUUCAUCUGUCGAACUUUCAGCGUACAUAAAGCACUGCUCGAGACACAACGCGGAAAUAUUUCAGAG